AUGAAGAUUGCUAUUAUCGUAUAUUCAACAUAUGGCCACAUCAUCACCAUGGCCAAAGCGGUACAAGAAGGUGUUUCCAAAGCUGGUUACCACGCCGACUUAUUUCAAGUGCCCGAAACCUUACCCCAAGAUAUCCUUGAUCAAAUGCACGCACCACCAAAAUCCAAAGAUAUUCCAAUUGCCACAUUGGACACAUUGACAGAGUACGAUGCUUUCCUCUUUGGUAUCCCUACUAGAUUUGGUACUUUGCCAGCACAGUUUUUUGAAUUUUUUGGUGCUACUGGUGGGUUAUGGGCUCAAGGUGCAUUAUAUGGGAAACCAGCCGGUAUAUUUGUAUCAACCGGUACGCAAGGAGGUGGACAAGAGACAACAGUGAGAAACUCGUUAAAUUUCUUGGCUCAUCACGGUAUGCCAUACAUCCCAUUGGGUUAUGCUAAAACAUUUCCUCAACAAUCGAACCUAGAGGAAAUCCAUGGAGGUUCUGCUUAUGGUGCUGGUACUUUUGCCAGUCCUGAUGGUUCAAGACAACCAACUGAGUUGGAAUUGCAGAUUGCUACUAUGCAGGGUGAAGUAUUUGCUCAACUGGCCGCUAAAUUCUAUCCUAAAGAUAAGACCAGCCAAGGUAAAAAAGAAGCUUCAGCUGGUGACGCUGCCACUGCUGGUGCUGCCGCCGCCCCCUCAACUGGUGACGCCAAAGAUAAAACCACAGAAAAUAAAACUCCAACUGCUGAAAAGGCCAAAGAGCAGCCGGCAACUCAAGCUAAAGAUAAACCAACAGCUUCGGCUCCAAGAGCUAACCAAGCGACUAAAGCUCCAGAAUCAGAGGAUAAAAGUUUUUGCUCAAAAUGUAUAAUAAUGUAG